UAGAGGCAAGACCGGAGCUCAGAGCAGAGACUGAAAACUGUGGCUGCAAGUUCACGCAUGGAGCGGAUCCGACACAAUUUUCUGGACUGACUAGAUUCUUUUUUUUUUUUUUUUUUUGUCUUUGUGCACUGAUUAUGCAAAACAGCCUGCCACUAUUUCAUGCUGCAGAGUCAACUUAGGAUUUGUUCUUUUUAAAUAGGACUUUAAUAACUUUUGUUUUUAGUCGGCUAUUAUUUGAUUUUCCUCCAGCACCUCCAGAUCGCUUUUGGGGCCCUUUCUCCAUCAGUAAGCACAAUCCUUUUUCAUCAGGUUACACGCGGCAGCGGAGCUACGUGACUGCGCUCAGUCUCUGAAGCGGGAACGGGUGAUUUGGAAAUUCCCAGUCAGCAUGUUUUUUUCUUUUUGCUGAGUAGUUUGGCACUUUUUUUCGUUGGAUUGUUUUAUUGUGUGCACCGGGAGCCAUCGACCACCUCUCUCCACUCGCAGACAUCGCGAAAUGAAACUCGGUUUUGUCUUCCAGACUGCGGUGGCGCUUUAUCUGCUGCUCUCACCUGCACAGAGUCUUCCUGUGACAAACAUAACCAAUACAACUGAAGCAGUGCUGAUGUUCCAAGAAGUGUGGGGUCGCAGCUUCUGCCGGACCAUUGAGAAGCUGGUGGAGGUGGUUCAGGAGUACCCGACGGAGGUGGAGCACAUAUACAGCCCCGCCUGUGUGCCGCUGGUGAGGUGUGCAGGUUGCUGUGGGGACGAGAACCUAGAGUGCCAUCCGACCCAAACCACAAACGUCACCAUGCAGCUGUUAAAAAUCAGGCCAUCAGAGGCGGGUAAAGAAUAUGUUGAGAUGACGUUUGUGGAGCAUCAGACAUGUGAAUGUAGAGUCAGGAAACCUAUUGCAAAGGUUGAAAGGAAAAGGCAAAGAGGGUGCCAGAACCCUCGCAGCAAGAGACUCAAACAGCUGGGUUGUUUUGCCGACAUGCCCUCCUGCUGA